AUGAUGCGGCAGAACCUGUUGCGCACGCUGGCGCGGACGCCGGCUACGGCGAAGGCCAAUGCCAGCAAGACCGCCCGCACCUUCGCCACGAGCGCGAGACGGCAGGCCGAGGUGGAGCUCACGGUUGAUGGCAAGAAGGUCUCUGUCGAAGCCGGCUCAGCGCUUAUCCAGGCCUGCGAGAAAGCAGGCGUUACCAUCCCCCGAUACUGCUACCACGAGAAACUUAUGAUUGCCGGAAACUGCAGAAUGUGUCUGGUCGAAGUCGAGCGCGCCCCCAAGCCCGUAGCAUCAUGUGCCUGGCCUGUCCAGCCGGGUAUGGUGGUCAAGACGAAUAGCCCACUCACCCAUAAAGCAAGAGAAGGUGUCAUGGAAUUCCUGCUGGCGAACCACCCAUUGGACUGCCCCAUUUGCGACCAGGGUGGCGAGUGUGACUUGCAAGAUCAGAGCAUGAGAUAUGGUGCGGACAGAGGACGAUUUCACGAACUGGAUGGCAAGAGAGCGGUUGAGGACAAGAAUAUUGGACCUCUCGUUAAGACUUCGAUGAACCGCUGCAUUCACUGCACACGAUGUGUUCGAUUCGCCAACGAUGUUGCCGGUGCACCUGAAUUGGGCAGCACUGGACGUGGCAAUGACCUCCAAAUUGGCACGUACCUGGAGACUGCUUUGGACACUGAGCUUUCUGGAAACGUGAUUGACCUCUGCCCUGUUGGUGCUUUGACCUCGAAGCCAUACGCCUUCCGUGCUCGUCCUUGGGAACUUCAACAUACUGAAACUAUUGACGUCAUGAACGGCCUGGGAAGCAACAUUCGCGUGGACGCUCGUGGACUUCAAGUAAUGCGUAUUCUGCCAAGACUCAAUGAUGACGUUAAUGAGGAGUGGAUUGACGACAAGAGCCGCUUCGCAUGCGAUGGACUCAGCACACAGCGUCUCACCACGCCUCUUAUCCGCCGAGACAACCAGUUCCAGCCUGCUACAUGGGAGAAUGUGCUGGUGGAGAUCAGCGACAAGUUUAAGGAGCUUGCACCAAAGGGUGACGAGGUCAAGUUUGUUGCUGGUCAGUUGGUUGAGACUGAGACUCUUGUCGCCGCAAAGGAUCUUGCCAACCGUCUUGGCUCUGAGAACCUCGCUCUCGAUCAGCCACAAGGCUCAGCUCCACUAGCCCACGGCACGGACAUUCGUUCCAACUACGCUUUCAACUCGAAGAUCACUGGUGUCGAAGAGGCUGAUACCAUCCUGCUCAUCGGCACCAACCCAAGGUGGGAGGCUGCCGUUCUUAACGCCAGAAUAAGGAAGCAAUGGAUUAGGUCCGACCUCGAAGUUGGCCUUGUCGGCCAGGACUUUGAGUCUACCUUCGACUACGAGAACCUCGGAAGCAACGCCAACGACUUGAAGAGUGCACUCAGCGGUGCAUGGGGCGAGAAGCUGAAGAGCUCAAAGAAGCCUUUGAUUAUCGUCGGCUCAAGCGCUGUUGAACACCCUGACGCCAAGGCCAUCUACGAGACUGUUGGCUCCUUCGUCGAGAAGAACAAGGCCAACUUCCAGACCGAGGAGUGGAACGGCUACAAUGUCCUUCAACGUGCUGCCUCUCGCACCGGUGCCUUUGAAGUCGGCUUCACUUCCCAAAGCCCUGAGACCGCCAACACCAAACCCAAGGUCAUCUGGCUCCUCGGCGCCGAUGAGAUCGACGCAUCUGACAUCCCCAAGGAUGCGUUCGUGAUCUAUCAAGGUCAUCAUGGUGACCGCGGCGCAGCUCUUGCGGAUGUUGUCCUCCCCGGCGCUGCCUACACCGAGAAGGGUGCCACAUAUGUCAACACUGAAGGUCGUGUACAGCUGUCUCGCGCCGCAACUUCGGUAUAUGGCGCGGCUCGUGACGAUUGGAAGAUUGUGCGUGCUGUAUCAGAGGCACUGGACGUGCCACUUCCAUAUGACGAUGUUGAGGCACUUCGCGACCGCAUGGAAGAGAUCUCACCCGCUCUGCGAAGAUACGACAUUGUCGAGCCCACAUCGAAGGAGCUGCAAGCUCUCAGCAAAGUCCAGAUUGUUGACCAGAACAAGGGGGCUUCCACGACUGGCGCACCUCUCAAGCACGUGGUUGAGAACUUUUAUUUCACCGAUGCGAUCUCGAGAUCAUCACCGACGAUGGCAAGAUGUUCGGCUGCGAAAGCCGCCAAGGACCCACACACCAACUUCAUGGCACCAGGAGAACCCAAUCCUCAGGUUUCAUACGGACCUCCUCAGCUGGCGGGCGCAAGCGCAUGA